UCCUGUAAGAUAAGAUUCCUCUGAAGUCGUCUUUCCAUAAUUUGUGGAACUUUCACCAGUGUAUGAAGAGCAGAGAUGGAAUGGGGAAAGGAGGAUUAUUUACCAGAGGACAAAGGUUUAUGAAGUAUCUGCCUUAGGAAAGUGCAUUUGUAUCCUCUUGUUUCUGGCCUUAAGGAAUGUCUUCCCUGCUAGACGCACAGACUUCUAUAUCCAGUAGGCACAGAACGCCUUCUGUGGCUCCCCAUAUAAGAUCUCAUGAGAUGAUUCUUUUGAGAGAUAGUCCCUUUAUUUUAUUGAUGCUUUCCAACCUCAUUAUUGCCUUUGUUAAAUUCUAGGACCCUGUCCCCAAAUCUCCAGGGGGUAGGGCUUAUGAGUGCAUUUUCAACAAGUGUUCCUGAUAAUUAGGAUCUGCCAGUCCAGCCCCCAAGCAUUUGAAAGCCCUGUUGUGAGCCCUUUGCUAAGUGAGACAAGGAGCCUGUUGGGCUGCUGGGGGUAGAGUGGUAAUGCUUCUGGGUCCUUCCUUGGAUUCUCUAUCACCCAUCAAAUCCUUCUGAGAGCAUGAACUUAUAUUGGAAAGAACAUCGUGAUGCAAUGAGUACCCAGAAUGCUGAGUACAGAUCCUGGCAGAACCAAUUCUCUGGGCCGGUUCACUUCUCUGGGCCUAAUUUCUGUAUUCAAACUGGGAAACCUGGGUUUGAUUCGAAUUGCAGAGGGCUGACCCAAGACACAAUGCAAGCCACUUGAAAUGCUACGUUGAGCUCACAUUGUGAUUUUUUUUUUUUGUUUUGAAAUUGAAGCUACAUUUAAAAACCAAGAGAUGUUACUGACUUCUAGUUUGACCCAUCUACACUGUCACAGGACAAAUGUUUACUGAAGCUGAGAAGUCACUGCCCCUUUAGACAAAGUAUAUAUUAUCAAGCAUUCCACAGUCUCCACCAUUCCCAAUUGUUCCUCCCUAGGAAGCUUCAUUCAUUCACUGUUUUUCGGCCUUCCUGGCCCCUGGAAGUAGCCAAGUUUGAGGUCCCUGAUUUACCAGAUCCUAAAAGUCUAAAGCCUACCAAAUGCUCUUCCCCAGUACAAGAGUUAAUCAUCAACUGCUUCUUAUGUAAAUCAGAACAGGAAAGUCUUGCUUGGUGAAAAAUCCUUUGGAGAUCUUGUUCUGGUACUAUUCUUUAUGUAUUCUGUGUCCUCUGUUUGUCUGCUCAACAUCUGCUUACUAUCAAGAAGCCCUUUCUUGUCCAAUCUGAAGCUCUCCAAGGCCAGCAGCGGAGUUCAUGCAGGCCAGCCAGAUGACUGGUGAUUGGGUAUAUCCAGGUCAAGCCCUAAUUUGGGCCAUUUGGAUCCUUGCAACCAUCGUCAGGGGUGAGAUGUUCAGGGCCAUGGCUGAAAUGCCAGAGAGGAUCACCAGCAUGGGAUGGGUCAAGGGGAAGCAAGUCUCUGUGCUGGGAAGCCAAGUGCUUGUGAACGUGUUCCUUGGGAUCCCUUAUGCUGCACCCCCUGUGGGACCCCUGCGAUUUACGGACCCUCAACCUGCAAGUCCCUGGGAUGGCUUGCGUAAUGCCACCUCCUACCCUCCAUUGUGCUUCCAGAACACAGAGUGGCUGUUAUCACAUCAACACUUUCUCAAGGUGCAUUAUCCCAAAUUUGGAGUGUCGGAAGACUGCCUGUACCUUAACAUCUACGCGCCAGCACAUGCUGAUGGGGGCUCCAAUCUCCCUGUCAUGGUGUGGUUUCCGGGCGGUGGCUUCCAGAGCGGCUCAGCCUCCAUCUUUGAUGGGUCUGCCCUGGCUGCCUAUGAGAAUGUGCUGAUCGUGACCGCCCAGUACCGGCUGGGAAUAUUUGGCUUCUUCAGCACACAGGACCAGCAUGCCUCAGGGAACUGGGCCUUCAAAGACCAGGUGGCUUCUCUAUCCUGGAUCCAGGAGAACAUCAUGUUCUUUGGUGGGAAUCCUGGCUCUGUGACCAUCUUUGGAGAGUCAGCUGGAGCCAUAAGUGUUUCUGGCCUGAUUCUGUCCCCCAUGAGCAAUGGCUUAUUCCACAGAGCCAUCAUGGAGAGUGGAGUGGCCAUCAUCCCAUACCUGAAGUCCCAGGAUGUGGAGAGAAAGGAGGAUAUGCAGAUCAUUGCAGAAGCCUGUGGCUCCAAUGCCUCGAACUCCCAGGCCCUACUGAAGUGCCUCAGGGCAAAAUCCCCUGAGGAGUUGCUGAAUCUCAGCCAGAAAGCAAAACAUUUCACUCGAGUGGUUGAUGGUAAAUUCUUUCCUGAAGACCCACUAGAUGUACUGAUUCACAAAACAUAUAAAGCAAUUCCUUCUAUCAUUGGAGUCAAUAACCACGAGUGUGGCUUCCUGCUGCCCAUGCUGGAGACUCCUGACAUCCUCAAAGGCUCCAACAAGACUCAUGCUUUUAACUUGCUACAGUCCUUCUUGAAAAUCUCUACCCAAUACUUGUACACUGUGUCUAAAGAAUACUUCCAUGACAAGAACUCCCUGAUUGACAUCCGAGACAGUCUCCUGGACUUGCUUGGAGAUGUGUUCUUUGUGGUCCCUGCUAUAGUUACGGCUCAAUAUCACAGAGAUGCUGGUGCCCCUGUGUACUUCUAUGAGUUUCAGCACCGGCCUCAGGUCUUUGAAAACACGAAGCCAGCCUUUGUCAAAGCUGACCACACGGAUGAAAUCCGCUUUGUCUUCGGAGGUCCCUUUCUGAACAACGACAUUGUCAUGUUUGAAGAACCCACCGAGAAGGAGAAAGUGCUAAGCAGGACCAUGAUGAAAUACUGGGCUAACUUUGCUCGGACUGGGGACCCUAACAGUGAUGACCUGCCCCACUGGCCAGCCUAUGAUGAGCAGGAGCAGUACUUGAUGCUGGAUUUGAACUUGAAGGUCGGAGAGAGAUUGAAAGAGCCCAAAGUGGUGUUUUGGACACAGACCUUCCCCUUGAUUAUGUCUCCAUCUGGAGAUCUGCUCAGCCCUCAUUCCUUUCUGAUCUUCCUUUCUCUGCACAUGGCUUUCUUGUUCUCGUUUCCUUCUUAGAAGUCAUCUUUGUGUGAUUCUGAUUUUCCCACUUCUGAGAUUCUUCCUCAGAUGAGCUGCUUUCUGUGGAGAUAUUUGUGGAAUAAGUGGCGUUAGCUGAUGCUUGACGACUUAGGAAUUGUCCUUUUGAUAUUCCUUUCAACACCACCCAAUGUAAUUGGCCUUGGAAGGCAACAGGAUCUCUUCAGUAAGUCUGAUGAACAGUGGGCCCCUUAGUUGUUAUAAUAAUGAUCUUGUGACUCCUAUGAAAUAAAAUCAGAAUGUGAAAUAUGCACAA